AUAUUCUAAAUUGCAUGUGAGUGCAACAUCUCAAUGUUUCCGCUUGUUCGACAGGUUUACGCACUCACGUGUUGAGGUGAGGAGUAGUAUCUAUAUGCAAUCACUUUAUUGUACGCACGUAUCAAUUUAUAACUGCCGAAGGACAUUGAAGCGCAUCCUCCCCACCAUCAUUCGUUAUCUGGUAGAGUUUAUCGAACUAUCGGUUAUUAUCUGGGUAUACUGAACUUGGGUCGGCGCAAGAUCAUUACCAAUAAACGGCGCCUGGGCAAAGAAGAAAGUGAAACUUGUUCGUUGUUCUUCCAUUCCUAAAUGGGUGUACUAACAAUUCAUACAAACGACGAGUGCCAACGGCACUUACCAGCUCUAUACGGUGCACGGCAGAAGCGGUAAAUAAUUUAAGAUGGGUACAACAACUUGUUAAGAGACGACAAGAGAAGAAGCCUACCGCUCCUUCACACUCAGGGCCGGUUAGGUGGCAUGAAGUCUUCGUCUUUGACCUUGGACGAAAAAUUCAAUAUAUAGAUCAGGCUGGCCAGGAAGAGGAAUUAGUAUUGUUUCUAGAGUAGUGUUAAGAGCAAUGUCGUUCAGGUGCACAAUCGUUAUACUUGCCACACUUGGCACGCUGUGUUUAGCUGCACCUCAGAACAGUUUAACCGUUGGCGGCAAAACCGAUGCACUUCCUGUAAAAAGUGAUCGUGACAAGUAUGAAGUAGUUGAUAGUGUUCCGCAAGAAUCUGCGAGGAAAAACGAGAGGAAUCUGCGGAAGGAUGACGAUAAAGCUUUGGAAGAAUUUCAAGCCAAAUCAGCACAUUAUUCGUAUGACUCGUCGAUCACGGACACGAUCAGUGAUCAAACCGUUCAACGACAGGAAACCCGCGAAGGAUUAGCACUGAAGGGAAUGUAUGCAUACAGUGAUGGGUUCUACAAGCGUGAAGUGCAUUACGUUGCGGACGAUAAAGGCUACCGAUUGGUGAAGGAGAUCUCCAUCCCCAUCGGAGAAGGGCCACAGGAAGAUCCAAAUGGAAAGGCUGACGUUUCAUCAUCACUAUCUGGAUCGUACUCGAUCACAGCCGACGAUAUUGCGCGACCUUCGUACAAAAAGCAUCCGAAAAAAGUGUAAAUGUUUUAGCUCAGUGUCUAUUUAUUUGUAAAAAGUUUGUAAAAUUUGUUUCCGAUCAAAUAAAGUUCAAGCUCGUACACA